AUGAAAGCAACACUAGGAUUCUUUGCACAUUUUGCCUUCGUUGAUCAUCCAGAUUUAUUUUCAAUUGAUCUUCCAAUGACGUGGUCUUGGUUUUUCAUGCAGCACGAAAUACUAUUUGUAUGUAUGCAGGAUGCAACUCAUGUUUGUACUAAACUUAGAAAUCGACUUCUUUCGACAAAAGCAACACUUCUUUUCGGUACUCAGUUAAUUAAUAUUGAUCCUCUUCUUUAUCUUAUCGACAACUUCUCAAAAUUCGAUCAUGGACUUGUUCGUUCAGAUGUAAAUCCAAAGGAUAGACAGAAUUAUAGUUCAGCAGCAAAAAUUUCCAAUGAUAAUGUUCUCAGUCUACUUGAACAAGUUCUAAAUUCUAUUGAUAUCCGUAUUUAUUUGCAGGCUAUCAAAAGUGUAAGACUUGCUUACAUAGAAAAAACAACUAACAUCAUUGACCGUAUUUUUUAUGGUUGGGCAGCAGUAUUUAUUUUCAGAUUUUGGUGUCUAUGGAUCAAUAAAAUGGAUAAACAAAAUCUCAACACAAUUUUUUCACAGCUAUCUGAUAUUGAUAUACAAUCUGAUAAAAAUAUUAAACCAGAAUCACAGUACUUCAUCACAUAUCAAUCUCAUUUUUCCGUUGAAAUCAAUGCUCAUUCUCUUCUUUAUCUUGUAAUGCUUGUUUCUGAACAACAUCUUCCUAUUGAAGCUCUCAACAUAUGGUUACAAAAUUCUCAAACAUGUGAAAGUACUUUCAGAUCAGCAAGAUCAAUAUCAAGCGCUUUGUCAGCUGGUGUAAACUUUACCAUAUCACAAUUUCUUUCUCAUAUAAAUAAAUUAUCAACCUUACAAAAAAUUAAAAAUAACAAACAUCUGAAUUAUCUACGUUUUCCACAACAUCACAAACUAUCAAAAACAUCAGACAAUCCCUUUACUUUAUCAAAUACUAAAAUUUCAUCUAAAGCUGAUAUUGAAGAUAUCGUUCAAAAAGCAUAUGAAUAUGUAAUUCAGCUUUUAAGUCCAUUGGAUAUCAAACAUUUUAUGCAACAUGGACAAAUAAUAACAUUGAAAGAUUUGAGUGAUAUUAUUUCACGUCAAUUGGAUGUCUUUUGGUCGAUGGAGAUAGAAUUAAACGAAGAUUCGUCUCAUGAUUCAGAUAUUAAUAUAAAUUAUACAACAUUAAAUGAUUUAAAUGGUUAUGAUAGUGAUGAUAUGAUUGAAUUAGAUGAAAACAAUGAUACUAUUCAUGUUACUAAUAUAUCAGGUGUUCAAGGAAUACGCGUAUUCGACACAGUGACACCAGAACGUGAACAUACAUAUUUUAAAGUAAAUAUUAACAAUCAAACUAAAUAUUUACAUAAACAAACUGCCACUUGGCUCUUACAAAAAGACAAGAACUCAUUAUCUGCUGAUAGACUGUCACGUGUUAGAAGUUCAUAA